CGGGCAGGCAGACACGGCUGCCAUAGCUCAGAUCUGCACCCCCUGGACAUCCUGGCAGAAGGAGUCCCUUCUAGCAGUGCUGCAGGUGGAGUCAGGGUGGUUCAGGCUCAGGGUGCUCGAGGACUCCAACUCUCAGCCACCACACCCCACACCAUGAGCUUCCCUGCAUCACGGAUUUUCAUCAGAUGUGACCUCUUCCCUGAAGAAUUCUCCAUCGUGGUAACCUUGAAAGUUUCCAGUCUUCCACCCAAGAAGAAUGAGUACCUGCUCACGGUGGUGUCGGAGGAGAGAGGUACGCUGUUGCUCGGGCUGCGGUACUCGGCCAGCAAGCUCCACUUCCUGUUCCUCAGCGAGGACGCCUCGGGGGCUUGGCAGACCCGUGUGUCCUUCCGGAAUCUGGCACUGAUGGACAGCCAGUGGCACACGAUGGUCUUGGCUGUGUCAGAAGGAUCCUUCUCCCUCACGGUGGACUGUGGUCUCCCCAUAGACAUAACUGCUGACAUGCCCUUCCCAGCCACCCUCUCUAUGCAAGGAGCCCGGUUCUUCAUUGGCAGCCGGAGAAGGACAAAAGGUCUGUUCACGGGUCUGAUACGGCAGCUGGUCCUGCUUCCGGGUUCUGAUGCCACUCCCCAGCUGUGCCCCAGCAGGAACCCUGCACUGGUUGUGUUGUCUAUUCCCUCAAUCCUGCAGGAUCUCACAGGAAAGCCAGAAGAUAAUGAGGUUCUAAAAUAUCCCUAUGAAACUGAUGUGAAGGUGACAUUGGGGCCACAGCCCCGUUGUACCCAAAUGGAAGAUGCUCAGUUCUGGUUCGAUGCUGGCCGGAAGGGACUGUACCUCUGUGUCGGCAGCAAGUGGAUCUCUGUGUUAGCAGCCAAAGAAAAACUGGACUAUGUGGAGGAGCAUCAGAACCUGUUCACGAACUCAGAGACCUUGGGCAUCGAGGUCUUCAUCAUCCCUGAGGUGGGGCUCUUUGUAGCAACGGCCAACCGGAAAACCACUUCUGCCAUCUACAAGUGGACCGAUGGGAAGUUUGUUUCUUAUCAGACCAUUCCCACACACCAGGCGCAGUCCUGGAGACAUUUCACCAUCGGAAAAAGGAUCUUUCUGGCAGUGGCUAAUUUUGAACCAAAUGAUAAAGGCCAAGAGUUCUCUGUCAUUUACAAAUGGAGCCACCGGAAACUAAAGUUCACUGCAUACCAGAGGAUCACCACCCAUAGUGCCCGUGACUGGGAGGCCUUCCAAGUGAAUGGAGAGCACUUUCUGGCUGUAGCCAACCACCGUGAAGGUGACAACCACAACAUCAACAGUGUCAUCUACAAGUGGAACCCGACGACCCAGUUCUUUGAGGCCAACCAGACCAUCGCUACUUCUGGUGCUUAUGACUGGGAGUUCUUCACUGUGGGGCCCUACUCCUUCCUGGCCGUGGCCAACACCUUCAAUGGCACCUCCACAAAAGUGUACUCCCACCUGUAUAUCUGGCUUAUUGGCUCCUUCCAGCUCUUCCAGUCCUUUUUGACAUUUGGUGCUGCAGACUGGGAAGUGUUCCACAUUGGAGAGAGGAUCUUUCUCGCCGUCGCCAACAGUCACAGCUACGAUGUUGAAAUGCAAGUACAAAAUGACUCCUAUAUCAUCAACUCGGUCAUCUAUGAGCUGAAUGUCACUGCGCAGACUUUUGUCAAGUUCCAGGAUAUUCCUACCUGCAGUGCCCUGGACUGGGAGUUCUUCUCUGUGGGAGAAGACUAUUUCCUGGUGGUUGCCAAUUCCUUCGAUGGGAAUACCUUCUCGGUAAACAGUAUUAUUUACAGGUGGCAGGGGUACGAAGGUUUUGUAGCUGUGCACAGCCUCCCAACAUUUGGCUGCAGAGACUGGGAGGCCUUCAACACCACAACUGGCUCCUACCUCAUGUAUUCCAGUGCCAAGGAGCCCCUGUCUAGGGUCCUGAAGCUGAGGACAUGGUGA